AUGAAAGGGAGAUUUCAAUAGGGAGUGGAUUCAAAUGAAAAUAAGAAUCUAUUAGAACUAUAGGGAAUCAUUUUAGAAAUGCAUUUAUUAAUAUUAAUGAGUUAUCAAAAUCAUUCUUAAAAGUUUCCAUUUGAUAAUUCAACUCAAUAAGGGUAACCUCAAGCACCCAUGUUUUAGUAGGUUUACAACUCUCAACAACAUUAAAUAUAUGGAUUUGAAUAAUAGCAAUUCCCAUAAUUGAAUCAAAAUGGGUAUGGCUUUUAUGCAUCGCCUCAAAGUAAUAAAGUUAAUUGUAUGUUCAGUGCCAUAAUAUUACAUUCCUCCUUAACCGCCAACACCUCUUGAUAGUAUAAGCAGUAAUAGUAUUAGUUUGAAUGGUAUUUGAAUUUUUUGUAUUAUGUAUAUUCAGAAGAGGGAACAAAAAAGAAGAAGGCUGGUAAGUCAGAUAAAUCAAAGAAGGACAAAAGGAAGAAGAGAAAGAGAGGUUUUAUUGUUAUUCCUAUUAUUGAAAGCGAGUAAUAGUAGUUCUUCUUUUAGUAGUAGUGAUUCUAGUAUUAGCAGUAGCAGGAGCCAUAGUAAGUAUGAUUAUAUUAUAUACCUAAUCUUUUUGUAGACAAAAGAAAACACAUUUUUCCUUUUUACAUAAUGAGGAUAAUUGGAAAUGCAAGUAUUGUUAUAAUAUCAAUUUCCGUCAUCGUACGGAAUGUAACAGAUGUAAGAAGAGUAGAGAAAAGGCUGCAAAAGUAUUCAUAAUUUCUCUAAAGUCUUUUCUUAGAAUGAAAAAACCAAGAGGUAUGUUCCAAAUCCAAAUGAUUGGAAAUGUUACAGUUGUGGAAAUUUCAAUUUUGCUAGAAGAAGGAGAUGUAAUAGAUGUAAAAAAGACAAGUCAUCAGCUUCAAUACCAUAAUAUUCCGAUUGAUAUAAUUAAG